GGUACAGGCAGUGAUGAAAAACACAUGAGUGGUAACAAGUCUUCUUAAUAUCUGUCUUCAGUACUAAGAUGGGAUAAUCUGAAGAAGCAGUUUCCUCAAGUAUCAUCCCCAGUGCCAACAGGAUCAUGUAUUUUAGAAUGUGCUCCUGAUUACAAUACCGAUUCAUUUUCUACUUGUACAACAUAAGCUACUGGAUAUAACCUUCUCAGGUGGAUUACAAAUAAGGAGGAUUUUCAAAAUCUAACAAGGACUGAAUUUUUUAAACGACAACAUGAAGGAAUAUGUGCUUUUCUACUUCUUAGCGCUGUGCUCUGCUAAGCCGUUCGUAUUACCUCCAAAGUAUAUGGCACUAACUGACCUCAUGCUGAAAGACAUGGAGGAUGAUGACGACGACGACGAUGAUGAUGAUAAUGACAAUAAAAACUCACUGUUCCCAUUUAAGAGGAAUGUACCAAUUCGACCAACUCCGGCUCCAUUUGACAUGUUCCCAUUGUGCCCAUUUGGAUGUCAAUGUUAUUUAAAAGUGGUCCAGUGCUCUGACCUUGGUCUGACCUCCAUACCAGAUAAAAUUCCUUAUGACACAAGACUAUUGGAUCUCCAGAACAACAAGAUAAAAGAGCUCAAGGAAAAGGAUUUACAAGGUCUCUCCUCUCUUUCAGCUUUGUUUCUGAACAACAAUAAGUUGUACAAGGUCCACCCGAAAGCUUUCCAAUCAACAAACAAGUUACGAAGACUGUACUUUUCACACAACCAGCUCACAGAAAUACCAUCCAACCUUCCCAAAUCCCUGGCAGAGCUAAGAAUUCAUGACAACAAAGUUAAGAAAGUACAAAAGGAUUCUUUCAAAGGCAUGGCGUCCUUACACGUUUUAGAAAUGAGUGCAAAUCCUCUUGAAAAUGAAGGAAUAGAACCCGGAGCGUUUGAAGGACUGACAGUCUUCCAUGUUAGGAUUGCGGAAGCCAAACUGACAUCCAUCCCUAAAGGGCUACCUUCAUCAAUCUAUGAGCUCCAUCUCGACCACAACAAAAUUUCAUCUGUAGAACUUGAAGACUUUAUCCGUUACAAAGAACUUCAGAGACUGGGUUUAGGACACAACAAAAUUAAAGAGGUUGAAAAUGGAAGUCUUGCUAAUAUACCAAAAAUAAGAGAAAUUCACUUAGAAAACAACAAGCUAAAGAGAGUUCCUCUUGGAAUACCGGACUUAAAAUAUCUUCAGGUCUUAUUUCUUCACUCUAAUAACAUUGGAAAAGUGGAAGUGAAUGAUUUCUGUCCCAAACCACCCAAGUUGAAGAAGUCCCUCUAUAGUGGCAUCAGUCUUUUUGGAAAUCCUGUAAAAUACUGGGAAGUGCAACCUGCAACAUUUCGCUGCACCCUGGGUAGGAACAGCGUGCAUAUUGGGAACUUCCGAAAGUAGAAACAAGUAUUGUAUGAUGCCUUCAGUCCUUAGGAGAAUAAUAACAUCAGUCUGCACUGGUAUUCUGCCACAAGCAAACCAAGGAAUAGCCACCAGAAACCAAGGAAUAGGACUGUAACACAUUUUUGCAUUCACAAAUAUUAUACUUGCCGAAAAGAAAACUUGGGGCAAAUGUGUUUACGGAGUAAUUGCAUGAAAUUCUUUCUAAUGUAGUAAUCAAAUACUUGAAACUUGAUUUAGAAGAAAAUCUGUAACUUGUAGCUCGAAUUUAAUCCAUGCAACCCAGGUAAAUCAAUUCUUCUGUUGCCUGACAACAGAUUCACACAUGGUGCUAGCCCAAACCCAGUGAUACAAAUCACUUUUACUGGUACGGGUUUUGAUAUGGUCACAUUUACAUUUCGGCAGUGAUGCCCAAAGGUUCAAAUCAAACCAUGGGCAUAAUAUGUGAACUAUAUUUCCAAUAAAAAAUAACAUUCAGGAUAUUUAUCUAUUUUCACUGUGUAUUACAUAUAUUCAAAUCUGUUCAUGAUUAUGGUUUUGUUUAUUACUAUAUUUUUCGGUGUGUUAAAUAGUAAUCACACAGUAGUAGUAGUGACAGCAUCAAAAAGCUCGGGAAAACUGGCAUUAAUAUUUAUACCAACACAUUUCUAUUCUGUAGAAUUAUGUCCCAAUUUAUAUUUUAAGAGAUGUUGGUAAACUGGCAUGCAGACCUACAACAUACUGUAAAUACAGUAUGUUGUCUGUAAGUUCCCAGAAAAUAAAAACUAAUGGUUAAUGUGUCUGUCAACCAAGAUGUGUAAUAUUAAAAUAAAUAUAAAACACCUCUGGAGGUGGAUUUAUUUUUAUCUUCUGUCAUGGUGUACAGAUGUGUCCUCAUACAUCUUUGCCUACGAAGCGUUCACAUCGCAGGCAUAGAAUCCAGCAUAGCGUGGCGUUCGUGGGUGCAUGCAUACGCUAUUAUAUGCUUAAAAUUGCAGUGCGUUCGCAGGCAUCGGUACUAGGAUGCUCAUGCUGCCACACACACGGCUGCCAUGUACGGGUACGGGUAGCGGGAUGUUAAGCUCCCGCUACCCGUAGUUAUGAGCGGGUUUCCCAGGCGACAAUUGCAGGUGUGUGCUUAUGCAUGCACCCGAGAAUACUAGCAGAUGAAAGGGAUUGUAGUGGUUCGCGUUCCCACGAUGCGUACACAUCGCGGCAAUGCCACGCCAUGCUGCAUUUUUGAACAAAGCUGUGUGAGGACACAUCUGUACAUCAGUUGUUAUACAAGGAGUUGAAUUCUUGGGGCUAUAUUUACUAAAGUGUGCGUUUUUAGAAGUGGAGAUGUUGCUCAUAGCAACCAGAUUCUACUUAUCGUUUAUCUAGCACCUUCUACAAUAAAAUAUCUAGAAUCUGAUUGGUUGCUAAAUAUACCUCUUUAGCUCUUGUUUGGAUGUCCAUGCUACAAAAAAUUUGACAUGCAUGGUACCACUGGAUUGACUAAUAACAAUUUAAAGGAAUCAUUCAUAUAUGGAUGCAGAGAAAUUCAUUUGCUUAUACAUAGUAUUUUUAAAUGUUAUCUCAUUUUCUACACCUGAGCUACUCUAGAUAGACAUACACUUAUUACAACUAUAGUAAGACAAAACAAUUACCCACUUCACUCAUUUUAUGCUUAAAAACUGUUGUGUUGUAAAAAGGAGGAACGCAUAUAUCUCGUUACUGUACAUUUGUUCUGUAUGAGCAUAAUAAAUUAAGUCUUCCAAUUAUACUGUCUUUUAAUAAUAAAAGUAUUUUGAAAACCUU